CGCGGGCCGGUAGCAGCAGCUGGAGAACGGCGGCGGCCAAAGCAGGCUGACGGGCGGGCGGACUGAGGCUACUCGGUGUCCUGGAAGAAGCUCUCUACGCUCUAGAGGUGGCUUCUUCUAGGAGGAAGCUAGAUGGUACAGUGGAUAGAGUGCUGAACCUGGAAUCAGUAAGACCUGAGUUCAAAUUCUGCCCCAGAUACUUGCUACCUACAUGAAUUGAUUGAGAAGGAGGAAACCUAAGGGAGCAAAGAAAGACACCUCUUCAAGAAAAGAAACUGGAUGGCUUCCACAGGGAGCCAGCCCUCUGAUAUAGACGAUAUUUUUGGAUUCUUCAGUGAUGGAGCACCCCCCACCAAAAAACCCAGGAAGCUGCUCCCAAGUUUAAAAUCCAAGAAGCCCCGGGAACUUGUGCUUGUGAUUGGAACAGGCAUCAGUGCUGCAGUCGCACCUCAAGUUCCAGCUCUGAAAUCAUGGAAGGGAUUAAUUCAGGCCCUGCUAGAUGCUGCUAUUGAUUUUGAUCUCCUUGAAGAUGAAGAGAGUAAAAAGUUUCAGAAGUGUCUCCAUGAAGACAAGAACCUCGUCCAUGUUGCCCAUGACCUUAUCCAGAAACUGUCUCCUCGUACCAGCAAUGUCCGUUCUACAUUUUUCAAGGACUGUUUAUAUGAAGUAUUUGAUGACUUGGAGUCAAAGAUGGAAGAUUCAGGAAAACAACUGCUUCAGUCAGUCCUCCACCUGAUGGAGAAUGGAGCCUUGGUAUUAACCACAAACUUUGAUAAUCUCCUAGAACUAUAUGCUGCAGACCAAGGAAAACAACUUGAGUCCCUUGACCUUACUGAUGAGAAAAAGGUCCUGGAAUGGGCUCAGGAGAAGAGAAAGCUGAGUGUAUUACAUAUCCAUGGCGUCUACACCAAUCCUAGUGGAAUUGUACUUCAUCCAGCUGGCUAUCAGAAUGUACUGCGUAAUACUGAAGUCAUGAGAGAGAUUCAGAAACUCUAUGAAAACAAAUCAUUCCUUUUCUUGGGUUGUGGCUGGACUGUAGAUGAUACCACCUUCCAGGCCCUGUUUCUGGAGGCUGUCAAGCACAAAUCUGACCUAGAACAUUUCAUGCUGGUUCGGAGGGGAGAUGUAGAUGAAUUCAAGAAGCUCCGGGAAAACAUGCUGGACAAAGGGAUCAAGGUGAUCUCCUAUGGAAAUGAAUAUGCUGAUCUUCCUGAAUAUUUCAAGCGUCUGACCUGUGAGAUCUCAACCAGGGGCAAAACAGGGUUGGCAAGAGAAGGUCAGCUAAAUGGCUCAUCUGCAGCACACAAUGAAAUAAGAGGGUGUAGUACAUGAGGGACUAAAAAAAACAACACAAUUAGAGCAAAAGCCACAGCUCUCAGGCCCCAUCACAGACAGUGUUUAACAAGCAUUCUUACAAGAAUCCAACUGCUCCCAGAAAACACCAAAACGCAGAAGAGAUUGAAGGUUCAGGGGAAACUGAAAAGGGGCCUACCUUGUUCCUUUUGUGUUUGGUUCCUGCUGGGCUUGGUUAUCCUGCCGCCUGUUCCACUUCAAGAAUACCUGAGUGACCACUGGGCCCUUCAUGGGUUGGACAUGCUUGUGUCCACUGAACAGAUCAAUGUGAUACCUCUCCUGGUUGUGGUAGCAUCUCUGCAUGAAGGACUUUGGGAUCUAGAUGCCAUGGAGCUGCCAUGGUCCCUGCUGCAGUUUUGUACUCUGUACUUUGGUUUUUCAAUUAAGCUUAAUGGCUUUUUUUAAAUAUGACUUGAAGCUCUAGUUUUCUAGACCUUUUACAAUGUACAGUAUUUUGCAUAUCUGAGCUGUAAUAAA